AUGGCUAUUACCAAAACAGAAAAAUCAAUAUGCGCCGCCACCGCCUCUGUUCAGCUUCAUCGUUUGUUGGUAAGUCAAGGCGGCGCCAUAGAAGGGGGAGCGGAGGAUCCGACCGCUGAGCCCCUGGUGUUUGAUGGGCAUGGUGGUUCUAAUGCAGCAUCAUUUAUUAGAAAGACUAUUCUCAAGUUUAUAGUCGAGGACUCCCAUUUUCUUGUUUGUCUGGAGAAGGCAAUUAAGACUGCUUUUGUCAAAGCUAAUCGUGCAUUUGCAAAUGAUAGUUCUCUUGACAUCUCCUCUGGAACCACUACACUGACUGCUCUGAUUUUUGGAAG